AUGGGUGAGUGUAGUAGGCCAAACGCAUGGAAGAAAAACGCCUGGGGAACCAAUGAUAAUGAAGUUUGCUGUCCAAUGUUGCUUCGAAGUGCUCAUAUUUUAGGUCGAAGAGCCUGUAGUUCGUUUUGUCGACAUAAUGAGUGAAGACCUAGCUCAAAGCAUUGACGAAGAAGAAAAAAAGCAGGAAGAAACAUUUCUUAAGGUUUCAUUACUGAGACUUUCAUCUAAUAGAAACUUUAUAAGGAUUUUGAAAAUGUUAUGAACUCGGAGUCUAUCGAUGAAAUUUUGCUCAAUACUUCUGGAAUGACCGACGAAGAAAUGGCAAUCGCUCUUCAACGUCAUUUUGAUAGGUGACUUAAAAUUUUUAAAACCACGGGCAAAGUCCAAACUGCCUUCAAAAAGAGUCUAGAGCUUUUUGAAUUUCUAAAAAAAGUUUCAAACGUUUCUCAAAAUCUCCUUUUUGUUCCCUUUUAUACCUUUUUAUAUUUUUCUUUCAAAAUCCUAAAUCUUAUUCUCAAAGCUUGUAUUUUAGAAAAUUUUAUUUAAUAAACUCACCGCAUUUUUCUUCUUUUUAAGAGAGGCUGAUCUGGCGAGAGCGGUUGCCUCUUCAUCCAACACCGGAGAGCAAACAACGAAGAAUGCCCGGAAUAUGAAGAAUGGUAGUACCUUAUUAAACAGAAGGGGUAGUUUUCAAUCACCUUGAUUUAGUUGUGGUGACUCCGGAUCGAUACUGUCCGAAGACGGCUCAAGAGACUGACGAAGAUUCAGAUGAGGAUGACGACGAACUUAGGCAGAUCGCCACGGACAUGCUCUACGCAAAAGCGAGUAUUUAUUGGGAAUUCUGAGCGAUUGUCAUGUGUGGAAACCUAUUCCAAUUUCAUGUUGCAGCUUGACGAGGAGUCUGCGUCUUCCUCUCGUUUGCGUACCACUGGAAGUGUCACUAAACAUAACCCGACCAUAGCAGCUCGUCGCAACGCCGACAAGACUUUGAAUGUAAAAAAUUUAUUGAUGAUGUGUGUUUUUCGUAGCCAAAACUAAUUGAAUACUUACUUUUUCUUUUUCUUUUUUUUAGGUUUCUCACCAGAUUAAUGAUUGGAAUUUCCGUGGACAUGAAAAACAAUUUUAACUUUAUUACCCCAAAAUUAAUUUUGAAGAAAAUUUGAUAAAGUCCCAGUACAAGUACGUAGGGGAGGUUUUUGAGCUAGAACAAAGAAAAUUUGAAAUUUUUACGUAGCAAAAAAACUUUUAUUGACAAGGUUAAGAAAUAAAAGUUAGUCCGAACCUUUUGUCAAAAUUCAUGCAGAUAGAGAACAAAUUUGAAAGCGUUGAUUUUACCCGUUUUGGCAUUUUUAAAAGGUGACCGCUAAACUAUGGAAGUGAAAGAUAUUACCUUUGUAGGAUGCUGUCAACGUCUCGACGGGCGACUUGGUGAGCGACGCGAUCAGCAGCCGCGUCUACAAUUCGCUGCGUUCAUUCGCCAAAACGGAGGUCAAGCGACAGAUGCGUAUGAAGGACAAGGUUUGUUUGGAGUUUCAUCAGCUUUCACUCACAAAAAAAAUGUUUUUUUUUUCUGAUUCUUGUAUGAUUUUUUUAGGAAGAAAAGGCAACGAUGGAAACUUCGGUAGAUGCGAACACGCGUUUGUCUCUGUUCAAAUGGAUCAACCAAGGCGUUUUUGACACUAUCGAAGGCGUCAUUGCUACAGGAAAGGUAACAUUUUCUUCAGUUUUUUUUUUUGUUGCAUAAAAUUUGAAACUCAGGAGUCGGCAGUGCUCCAUGCAGCUCAAUCUUCUUCUACUCAUUUUGCUGUUAAAGUUUAUAAAACUACUCUGAGUGAAUUCAAGAACAGGUUGGUUUUUUUUCAUGCUCUUUUAUCUAAAUAUUUCUAGAAGCGAGUAUGUGAAAGACGAUUUCCGCUUCAAAAACCCACGCGGAGUGUUGCGUAUUUGGGCGGAAAGAGAAUUCAUGAACCUGAUGAGGUUAGAUGCCGGAUGAAUACUCAUAGAAAGAAUGGAACCCAUCAGAAUGACCAAGUGGGGAUUGCCGUGUCCGACGCCGGUCAAGCUGAAGCGGCAUCUUCUGGUGAUGUCACUCAUCGGCGAAGACGGCGUCGCUGCUCCGCGGCUCAAGAACGUCGACUGGGGAUUUUUCACCGAUGUCGAACGUAGAAAUAUCUAUGAGCAAGUAGAAAGUGUGAGCUCCUCCCCAAAGUUGACGGCCGACGGCUGUUUUUAUUAGAUAAUGUGCCGGCUGUACAAAGAGUGUCAGUUGGUUCACGCCGAUCUCAGCGAGUUUAACCUGCUGCUCUCUGAAGGAAAGGUUUCAAUGAUGAUUUUCACUUGAGUUAAAUUUUUCUUUUUCUGCAGGUUUAUGUUAUUGACGUUUCGCAAGCAAUGGACUUGUCACAUCCCAGGAAUUUGCACUUUCUCACAAGGUAUUUUUUUUUAUCAAAAAAACUUAAAAUUUUCUAUUCAUCCAAACCGUUUCUUUUGGAACUAAAGGGAGAAUGGAUUCAAGUUUGAAAAAAUUCAAUUACUUUACUUUUCUUGUCAUUCUCCUGGUAAUCGGACGAUUAACCCGACAAUUUCCUGGUCGUCUUGGACUAUGAUUGGAAAAAAAAACCGUGAUUCCAGAGAUAUCGAAAACGUGCUGUCUUUCUUUUCAAAGAUUGAGACACCGUCACUUCCAACACCGGUCGCUCUAUUCAAUCUGAUCACACAACUUGAAAUGUCGGAAGAAGAUGACCUUCAUGUGCAGGUGUGUUUUUUUUUAAAUUCAGUUUUUCAAUGAUGAACUGAAGGUGGAGCAGUUUUCUGAAGAGAAUCGGGGUGUUCAUCUUCGCAGAGACAAAGCUCGUCCCGCCGACUUUGAAUGGGAAAAAUACGAGGUAGGGUAGCUGUUUGGAAGUUACUUGAAAAGCUUUUCAGCUGGAUAAGAAGGCCAACCGUGGGAUAUCGCCGGCGCGCGAUUUCAACUGA